AAACGAGACUUCAUUCACACUCCAAGUUUUUCCGGAAGACAGACCGCCAUUUUCCCACUCCGUAAUUCGGACAAAUUUUAAGGAAAUGGUCAGCUAAAUUGCACCCUUUUCCCCGGGAUACCACGAUGGCCACUAUGGCAAGUGGUAAAGAAGCUGGGGACAGUCAAACCCCCAGGAAGUACCCUGGUAUAACAUCUCCCAUCAGUCUGUCAGAACCCACCAAGUUUGACAUCGACCUUAACGUGAAGCUGGUGAACACACUCAAGCCUUACAAUGUGUUUGACACAGAAGAGGGGCUCACCCAUAGAAUGGUGGUCUUGGGGAAGUUGAACAAACUAGUAAAGGAGUGGAUAAAACAAGUCAGUCUAGCCAAGAACAUGCCACCUGCAAUAGCUGAGACAGUGGGAGGGAAAAUCUACACAUUUGGUUCCUACAGGCUGGGGGUCCAUGGAGCAGGUGCUGAUAUUGAUACCCUGUGUGUAGCUCCUCGUCAUGUCGACCGAUCAGAUUUCUUUUCAUCAUUCUAUGAAAUCCUCAAAGACCAGAAGGAAACUACAGAUAUAAGGGGUGUUGAAGAAGCGUUUGUUCCUGUUAUCAAACUAGACUUUGAUGGUGUAGAGCUUGAUAUCCUGUUUGCUCGACUGGCGUUACCUCAAAUUCCUGAGGACCAGGACCUUCGGGAGGAGGUCCUCCUUAAGAACCUGGACCAGAGAUGUGUGAGGAGUCUAAAUGGUUGUAGGGUUACUGAUGAGAUGCUCCAUCUGGUGCCCAACAGGGAAAACUUCCGCCUGGCUCUUAGGGCAAUCAAGCUCUGGGCCAAGAGAAGAGGGGUAUACUCCAACGUGCUGGGUUUCCUGGGUGGAGUCUCCUGGGCCAUGCUGGUGGCCAGGACCUGCCAGCUGUACCCGAAUGCCAUCGCUUCUACCCUUAUCCACAAGUUCUUUCUAGUCUUUUCCAGGUGGGAGUGGCCACAGCCAGUUUUGCUGAAGCAGAUAGAUGAGAACAACAGACUGGGGUUCCAAGUCUGGGACCCAAGAACCAAUCCAAUGGACCGGUUUCACCUGAUGCCCAUUAUCACACCAGCCUACCCCCAGCAGAACUCCACCUAUAACGUCUCCCUGUCCACUCGUGCCAUCAUGCAGGAGGAGUUCAAGAUAGGCCUUCAAGUUACCCAAGAGAUCUUUGAGGGCAAAGCCACAUGGGACAAACUGUUUGAACCCAGUAGUUUCUUUGGAAAGUACAAGCACUACAUUGUUCUCAGCACAUCAGCAACUUCUAAAGAGCAUCAUCUGGAAUGGGUGGGACUGGUGGAAUCCAAGGUGAGGAUAUUGAUAGGUAACCUGGAGAGGACGGCUUACAUCGCUCUCGCACAUGUCAACCCCAAGCAGUACCCUCCUCUCAACCCACAGGAGGAUGUGUUUGUGACCAACUGGUUCAUCGGGCUUCAGUUCAACAAGAUCGAGGGAGGGAACAUUGACCUCACCUUUGAGAUCCAGUCUUUCACGGAUACUGUUCACAGGCAGGCCAUAUCCAAUGGUACCCUGAAGGAAGGGAUGAAGAUCGAGGCCCGUUCUGUUAGGAGGAAACAGUUGGGAGAGUACCUCCCACCUUCCCUCCUCAAGUUCAACAAGAAGAGGUCGCUCCCUGCCCAGGGUGAUGAGGCAGGAGAGACCCCACCCAGGAAGAAGAUCAGCCUUGAUUCAGGGAUCAGCCCAGCAUCUACCCCAGGCAGCGCCCAGACCACUCCUGUAACAGUCAGGAAACUCAGCACCAAAGCAGAGGACACAGACUCCCCGCCGGCCACCUCAGCCUCUCCGCCCCUCCCCGAGGCAGCAGGACGACAGGUGACCACACCUGAACCUACCGCCAAUGGGACACUGGAUGACAGUGUCACUGAGACCAAUGGCUCGGCAGCAGGUACAGGAGUAAAAAGGCCACAUUCCCCUGAUGCCCCUGAUGCCGUAACCGAUGACAACACCAAACAGUCUCCUACACCAGAGGGUUCUGAGGCUGAGUCAUCCACAGGCAACAAGCAGCCGUCUUCACCCGACAACCAAGAGGCAAAGGAGGUGGAUACUUCUGUAGACGGCAGUGAGCCUGCUCCCAAACGAUCACAUUCCCCUUCCAAUGAAGGACCAGACCAAAAAAUACAGAGACAGUCUCCUGUGACAGUCGAAGAAGAUGAAGCAAGUAUGAAGAAUCCUGCUACACCCCCCAGUAUAGACCAAACUAGAGUGCAGAGGCUUCCGAGCGGUGAGCUUCCGGACAUUUCCUCCCCAAGAACGACUACCGCCAAUGUCAGUGUGGUGAAAAAUUCCAUCAAACUCAGGUUGAAAUAGGGCUAUGGCUUGUUAUGGGGAGGGGAGUGAAGUGAAGAAGAGGGCUCCCAUAUUGGGACUUGAGCGACUGCCACUGUCAGGUUUGUCAGUGGCUGGAUAGUGUAACCUAGCGUGCAGGACAAGCUGUGUAAAAUAAUGGUCAGUGUUUUCUGCCAGAUGGGUUACCAGGUGUGAGAGGAUUAGUAGGGCAUUGUCAAUAACCUGUCCUGUGUUAACUUAUCAUUUUAAUUAACUAGACGUGUAGAUACCAUGCACCGUAACUGUUUCGUAGCCUUUUCAGUUCAGCUGAUGAUAGUUCUGUACUGGAAAUGAUUUGGGACACAAUGUACUUGAGUAGGAGUUCCAGGACAUAGGUAGAUGUACUGAAAAUUAGAGAAGCAGAUUGUUCUGGAAAUUGUACAUUUUAUGUAGAUUUACACCAUUAUGUAGGUUCAUACUAAUCCCUGUUGUCCUUGAUAUUUUUAGGUUAGUUUUUUUUUUAGAUUUUGAUGUGCAUUACAUGAUAGUGAUUUCUUAUUUUCACACUUCCCCAGAUCUGUGCUGAAAUAUUUUUUGUCCUUUGGUACACUACAUUGAUCCUGUGGCUGUAUUGUUCUGCUUAGCCUGUGUUUUCUCAAUGGAAACAGUCUGGUAUUAACAAAUCCCUGAGGAAGGUAAGACUGGUAGCUGAUGGCAUUCCUAAUAUUUAUUGGAAUAUGGCUAUUUCUGUAACUGUAAAUUCAUGUAGAGAAAUAAAGGAGCUAUUUUUGUUGGUGGUGUACUGUCAUUACUAUCACGCACUACACACACCUUUUCUUGCUUUAUUGGCCUCUUUUAAGGAACAGCCAAAAUAUCUUGAUAAAAAGCAGAAAUUCAGAAAGAGAAUGAUUUCAGUGUUAGCUGAAGCUGUGUAGGAUGCGGACUGAUUGUUAAAGUGGAGUAUCAGUUUGAUGUUUUGGCCAAGGCACUAGCCAGUUAGAUCUACCUCGGCGACCUUCCAAUUGCAUGUUAUGAUAUUGCUGUAGACUUGAGGUAAAUAUAUCCAGUUCUGGGUAAGUAUGCAACACCUCAUCAGGUGACCCAUCGCUUGAACCGAUAUUGCGUUCAUCAGCUUUUACCUUUUUACUUUGGUGUAGGAAGUGCCUUGGUCCAUCUAGCUAGCUAGGUCUAGGCCUGCAUGGGAUGCAAAUGCAUUGCUAACUGGAAAUGUUUUGUCAUUUUGACACUUAUGUUUUCCAUUCGACCAUAUGGUUUUUGUUUGUACAUGGUGAUCAUUUCCAAAUAAAAGGCUCUAUUUUCAA